ACUACUCUGGCGGGUUUUUAAAUGGGUUGGUUUUGUGCAUUGAUUGGUAUGUCAUAUCGAACCUUCCACACAAUAUAUUGACAACCCAUAGUGCAGACGUGUUUGACAGUGUAGUUGAUAAAAACUAAUCAAUCUGCGUUAAUUCUACCACGAUAAUAGACAUCAGUACUUUUCUUAGAUUACUAUAGUAAUCCUUGGUGUCUAUAGACACCAAGGAUAGGUCACUUUAUCUGUCUUUGCAAGUUCAUUUACUUCAAGGAGGCGACUGCUAUAGCAGUCGAUAUAAAUAAAAGUGAACAAACGCGUAAUAUUAAAGCUGAGUAUGAUGCUUACCUGCAAAGGAAAUGUUAAUGUGCUUGUGGAGUUGUUGGUGCAUUCACAUCUGAGUAGUUCUACGGAAUGCAUGUGUAAUUUACAGAUAUAGAUACAUGUAUAUAAUUAUAUUAAUUUCUUGUAUCGGAUGACUUGUCUUGGCAAUUAGUUUGCGGUUUAUAAUGGUUGAUGGCUUAAUUAAAAUUUGUUUGAUUCAAGUCAGAGCUUCCGAAUUGUUUACUUCGCAUGCUUUUCAGACCAUAUUAUUUCUGGGUCCUAUCCAUAUUUAUUGCUUAUCUGGUAAUUAAUUUAUGUGCUUUGCAUCCUCUCGUGUCACCUGUGGUGAUACAAACGAAAUGGAAAAUGUAUGUAUUUUUCCCUGCCAUGUAUGUGAAACUAAAAUUCUAGCGUAUUUCAAAUCAAACUUUCGUGUACUGUUUAACUUAUGCAAGGCUUCGUAAGUAGAAAUAGUCUAUCGUUCUAAUGAGGUUUAGUCGUUCGCUUUUGUUUCGUUCAUUUUUGCCAUCCCAGUCUUAUUUUUUUGCGGUUUAUGUGAUACCGAUCAUUUAAUAAUUAUUUUCUAUUUUGUUCAUGGUUAUUUCUUCAGUCUGAUACACAUUUAUAUAUGAAAAUUAUAUCUGAAAUACAUAUUUGUUGCUAAUUUACAUUCAUAGAGCUGACCAAACUGGAUUCCUAAUCCUGAUAUCAUUUCCUUCUUUCGAAUCUAUCGCGACCACAAAUGGUUAGUAUGUCAAGUCUUUUUGGCGAGAUAUGCCAAUUAUUUUGUUGUCCCCCCCGACCUUCUCAUAUCGUGGCGAAAUUGGCAUUUCUACCGCCACCACCAACAUAUUCUAUCAUAUCAUCAGCGAAUGAUUCCACAUGUUGCAUUGAGUUCAAACCUGAAGCUGGUUGGCAAAUAUCCGAGGACAUAAAAUCCAAGUUAACGGUUUUCUAUACUUUGACAAAGCGUCAAUCUCGAAUUGUUUGUAUGCAUAUCCCAGCAAAUUCUGUUGUCUCACCUUCUCAGUUCUCGUCAAAUAUAUCCUCUCGUCGUGGCUUUUCUGGUCAAUCAAGAAUGAGAAGUCCUGCACUUAGUGUUAGUUGUCCAACUCUUACAGACGAAGGUCGGUUCAGAUCGGUUCAACCUAACUCAUCACAUCAACCAACUUAUACGGUAUUAUUCAGUCAUGGAAACGCAGUUGAUAUUGGUCAGAUGGCUGGAUUUCUUCAGUCACUAGCAUAUCGUUUCAGUGUAAAUAUCUUAUGCUAUGAUUAUUCAGGUUAUGGGGGAAGCUCUGGUCAACGGUUAGAAGAGAAUUUAUAUGCCGAUGCUGAUGCAGUAUUGAAUGAAUUACGUGAACGAUUUAAUGUGCCACUUAAUCGUAUUGUAUUAUAUGGACAGAGUAUUGGGACUGCUCCAACAGUUGAACUAGCGACUAAAUAUAAAGUUGCCGGUGUAGUUCUUCAUUCACCAUUUAUGUCUGGUCUACGCGUUGUCUGUCCUGGAACAACUAGACGUUUCUGUUUUGAUCCAUUCACGAACAUUGAUAAAGUAUCUCGGAUUCUUUCACCAACAUUAAUUAUCCAUGGAACUGAUGAUGAGAUCAUUGGCAUAGAUCAUGGAAGAGAAUUGUAUUCUCGGCUUACUAAUCCUCUUGAACCAGCUUGGAUUGAAGGAGCAGGUCAUAAUGAUAUCGAAUUAUUUUCUGAAUAUGCAACUCGUUUAGAUCGAUUUUUUAAUGAAGAUAUCAUUGAUGCAGAGUAUAGUGAAAGUCCUUCAAAUAUAAUCUCUUCUGUAGAAGAAUCUCUUCAUGUUGAAGAAACUCCAGAUCUUAGUCAGCAAAUAUCGGAUCAUACGAAGUCUUCCACUGUAUUGAAGAAAAAUGGUAUUUCAAGUUCUCAAUCAUCAAAUUGUGGUAAUAUCUCUGAGGUUCCUGAUGGUGCUGCCAUGGAUACGGCGACAUCGAGUAUGUCUACGGACUCUACUUCAAGUGCAACAACUGUACAGAAACUUGAGUCCAUCACUGGUGAUGUCGCCGUAGGCAUUUAUAAUGACAAUGAGAAGAUUAACACAAACGGUGCAAUGCAUAAUAAUACAGUCCCACAUUCAACUAACUCCUCAGAUACUUUAAACAGUAAUCCAAAUGGAAUGCCAUCUGAUUCUAGUACUAUUCAAUUACUGAGUUAGAAAUUAAUUACUUGUGCUUACUGUUGUGUGAGUAUUUUGAUUUUGGAAAAACGUUUUUCUUCUAUUCAUGAAAUCCGCAUAGAUAUUAAUGGAACUUGCAGUUAUCAAUAAUCUUUUGCAUUACACAUACUAAUGAUAAUAAUAAUAAUGUAUUUCUAUUCUAAUGUUACAUUUCCACAAUUGUUUUCGUAAUUUCUAAUGAUUGAUUACUACACAUAUUUGUUUGUUUUAUUAUUAUUAUUAUUAUCAUUAUUAUUAUUGCUGCAUUUCAACGUUUGUCUGCUGCUAAUUUAAUUGUAAAUGAAAUUAAAUAGUUGAUAUUUUGUAAUAUUUUUUUUCCAAAAAAUAUCUUUUUGGAUGUUUUACUGUUUUCCAUUCCUUUCAAUGUUACUCUGUUCAUGUUGUCAAGUUGUCCUAUUUCUUUUUUUCUGUUCUGUUUGUGCAUUUCUAUGAUCUGGAAAAAAAAGGACACAGAGUAGGAUUGGUGUUUGGUAAUCCUGUUUUUUUUUUAAUUUAUUCAUUUUUUUUAUUAUCGCUAUAAUUAAUUUACUAUAAAUGUAAACUAAUGUGUACGUGUCAAAUUAUGCUCAAUAUGUUAAUUGUCAAAUUCACUUCAUAUUUAUAUGAUGAAUAAACUUAUGCGUAUAUGUGUAUAUGUAAUUGAUGAAUUUUAUAUGUGUACAAUUGUUUCAUCAAAACCAUAAUAACUUAUUCUUUAUAGAUUUUGAAUAGAAUGAAUUUUGAUGGAUUCUACUACUAUUGUCCGUUUGAUUAUUUCAUUUGUUUGUUUGUAUUUUUUUCUUCUAUUGUAUGUUUGUUUCUCCUUCUCUUUUUUUCUUCUUCAUAUCAUUUAUGUUCCAUAGUUAUGUCGGUAUGCAAUUGGUUUUAGUUUUUUUUUUUGUUUUUUUUGUGAAUAUGUACCAGUUUAGUUAUAAUUAUUUCUUAAUAUUCUAUCAUAAAUUGUACUGUUGGUUUUAUUGUCUUUACUGUUGUAUGUUUAAUAAAUAUACAUGUGUAGUUAUUUAUUUUAUUCUAAAUGUGUAAUAAAUUCUCAUUUCAAACGUAAUGUUUAUAAUUGAGUUGUUCUUCUCUACUUUAUGUAAAUGAUUGAGGGAAGCAAUGGAGGAUCAUUAUCGUUGUUAGGUUUUUAUUCCUUUUUUUUAAAAAAAAAAUGAUAUUCAUUUAAUCAAUUAAACAAAGUUCAAAUUUUAGUUAUCUAAAGGAGUUUAUUUAGUAUUAAAUAAACUAACUUAAGACGCUUUUAUAACAAUAUCAAUCUCACCAUUCGUACAUUUAUUAAGGUUAACUGUAAUCGUGAAUUCUCACCGGUAUUUACUAUUAUCUGAAAAUUAUAAACUGUGAUUUGUUAAUAUCCUGUUAUACAACUGAAGCUUUGGCUUUAUUGUAAUAUCAUUUGCCUAUUAACCUUUGGGCUUCGUUAUAGUAAAGUCUUUGCGAAAAUUUCCAUUUUCUCAUUGAAAAACCGGCUAUAAGUUUACGAAGUUUUAGUAUACUCGUCAAUCACCCAAACUCUUCAGUAAAUCAUUUUUUGUUUAUGACAAGGACCAUACA